CCCAUUUCUGUCUCAGGCGAAGCGUUGUCUGAACAAGUCCAUUACACACUGAGCCUCUCUGCUACCACCACCUGUCGGAAAAGAGGGCAGACACAGGAGAGCGUGGCGUGGCCGGAGUCGGAGACGGACGAUUUCGGCGAGAACCCAACAGCAGCUGCAGCAAGGACGCGGCGAGGGCGUGGCGAUGGGAAGCCCACUGGGCGGCUGGCCGUGCUACAGCCCGCAGAACUUCAGCCAGCUCGCCCCGGCCGACCCCUCCGCGCAGCCAUCGAAUAUCACACCAGCCACUUACAUAGCGUCACAUAGGACAGAUCCACCUCCCAAUCAAGUAAUUACAACCGAUCCCAAGAACAUCCUGCUGAGGCAUUUUUACCAACAGUCAGAGAGCAAGGUGAGGCAGAAGAGAGCUGCGCCGGACAAUCUCGCCCGGCAUAACGACAAGCAGCCGAGGGGCCCCUUCGCCAACGGUGGAAGCCUGGCGAGCACAAGAAGCUGAGGAUCAGAGCUGGUGGUUCUCCUGAUCUCCUCUGCAUUGCAGUGUCCUUUGCUGCCGCAUGCCACACUGCAGCCCUCAUGCCAUAAGCGUUGCCAGUCUCUCAUUUAACAUGGUACGCGUGAUCAAAACAACGGGGAGCCUUUACAUGCAGGCAAUGUACUGAUGUACAUAGACAGGCAUAUUCUUGGUCUUAUUCUCACCCACUCGGUGCGGUUGGUUAUCUUUGACAGGGCACUAUAAUUGCAGACUUUUUCUGUAGAUAAUGUGCCCACACCACCACCAUGGGACGACGCUCCCCCCAACUUGUACUUUUGGUGAAAUAAUUUAUCAUCAUCAUCAUCAUCAUCUCAUUGCCUCUGUAAUUGAUCUAUGUACACUUUAGAUGCUAGUACAUAUACUUCCUUUUGGUGAAAUAAUUUGUCCGAGUAGUAAA